AUGCGGCAGAAAAGAGCCAAAGCUUAUCGUCGGCUGUUGCACCAUUAUGUACUGCAUUAUCACUUUCGAGAGCCAUAUCAAGUGCUGAUUGACCCCACGUUUGCCGAGGCGCUUGUACGAUUUCAAGUGCAUGAGCCACUCAAGCAACUUGGCUCGGUGCUGCACGGGAAAGUGAAGCCUAUGAUCACGCAGUGCUGCAUUGCAGCACUGUAUGAUGCGGAGAACCAUGCUCGUAACGAACUACAGAACUCCGACGAGCAGCAAACGUACAAACAAGCAAUUGCACUUGCCAAGACAUGGGAGCGGCGUAAAUGCAAUCACAAAGGGACACAAACGGCCGGCGCAUGUCUUGCAUCAGUGAUUGGCGAGAAGAACCAGCAUAGGUAUAUGUUAGCAGCUGAUGAUGUACAAGUGCGCCGAUCUCUGCGCCGCUCGGUGCCCGGUUUGCCCAUCGUACAUUAUUCACAGAGUGUGCUUGUACUUGAACCCAUGAGUGAUGUGACGGAGCAGCAUAUCAGGCAUAUGGAGCAAUCGAAGUCAGCACUCAGUAUCGAGGAGCAGCGCAUUCUUCAGACGCCAGCUUUCUCUCCAGCAUCUACUAAUGCAAAUGCACCAUCUCAGCCGGCAGCGCCAAAACGUAAACGGGCCAAAGGACCGAAUCCGUUAAGUGUGAAGAAGAGCAAGUCGGCCGGCAAGUCCGCGGGCAAAGCUGGGGGCCUGCCAGAAGGCUCUGCACCGAGCAAGUCUCAUGCUACACCUGCAGGUCGUUCCGGCACUUCAUCACAGUCUUACGUGUCCUCCAUAUCACAGCCCACCUCGCAGCGCCGGCGGAACAAAAAGCGUGGGCGUGGAAGCCACUCUACUGUACAAUAA